AUGCCCUCACUCAACCCCUCCAUGGGCGGCGGCAAGAAAACACGAAACUCCGCGGUCGCACCAAUCUUCCAGCAAAAGGCCGCGAAGGCCCAGGCGCCAUCUUCAGCAAACUCGCCAUCAGACUCUGACUCCGAGAUCAGCAGCCACACGGUCCCGGACCGGGUGGAAGCUCCACUAACCCGGCGGGACAGGAGAGGGUUCCUCGAAAACUUCCACAAAUCGGUCGCGGAAGAGCUGGACAAGAAGCUGGGCCCGAUCAUGGAGGGGAUGGCGGACCUGAAGUCCGCACGCAGGCCGCUGAAUCAAAAGGCAAUGGAGGUCGUGCAGGCACAUGGCGGGGAGCUACAAGACCUCCGCGAGCAACUGCGCUCCCUGGAGGACUCCAAUGAGGACCUCAACAAUAGGACCAGAAGGAAUAAUAUUAGGGUGAGGGGCAUACCGGAGACCAUAUCCACGGAGCUGCUAACUGCCACCCUCACAGAAGUGUUUCAGCACCUCCUGCCAGAAGCCUCCACCGCCGACCUGCUCAUGGACCGGGCACACCGGGCGCUGAGAGCCCCCAGCACCAACACCGCCACCCCAAGGGACGUGAUAGUGCGACUCCACUUCUACCAUAUAAAGGCGCGCAUUAUGAAGGCAGCCAGAGAGACUCCCAUAGAGGUGGAAGGCGUCCAGGUCCAGCUAUUCCAGGAUCUGGCGCCGACCACCCUGAAAAGACGACGGGACCUGCGCCCCCUCACUCAGCACCUCACUCAGCACGGCCUCAGGUACGCUUGGGGCCACCCUUUCAAGCUCAUCGUCUGCAGGGAGGGCAGGUUCCACUCUAUCUCACAUGCCGCGGAAAUCCCUGCCCUCCUGGACCACCUGGGCCUACCACGACUACCUGAGCCUCCCCCAGCUGCCUCAGGCAUUGCAACAUCACAAGCAGCAUACCGCAACCUACCGGCCAGAGACAGAAAUACUCUGCAGCCACACGCAGAGAUACCCAGGCCUGACGCCGCACACAGCUAG